AAAUAUAAGCAUGGGAGCUAACAGCUGCUGAACCAAGCAGAAUAUCAAGGAUAAAAGUGAUGUAGAGGCUACACCCUCCAGGAGUGUUAAAAGCAGCAGGAUAGCAAUCCAUAAGAAAAUCUAUGAGAAAAUAGCUGCAGAACAUAAAAAGGAAGAUGGUGGAGAACUCAAAUAACCUAGACUCAAAUGCUAAUUUUAAUGACUUUAACCUCCAGAAAAAUCUUCAGAAGCUAACAAGGAAUGUUAAAAUGUUCAAGGGCAAGAACACAGAGAAGGAAAAGGAAGAACCCCCUCGUGAAAGAUUACCUCCUAUAGGUCAGGGCGAUAGCACUAAGACCCUUAAUGAGACACCUAAACUAACUCUAAACAAUGAAGAGUCUGAAAAAGAAGCUCAAGAGGAUGAAGAGGGGUCAGUCUCUAUGGAAGAAGAAGAGUUCAAGGGAAGACAAAGCAGAGACAUUGGAAUCUCUGAAGAGUCCAAAGAGUACUCAGAUUCAGAGAAAGAGUACGAUUUGGGUAAUGUGAUCACCUUGAACCAGACCGGGAAAAUUUCAAGAGCUUUGCAUUUUAACACUGCUAAGUUGAUUAUUGUCAGAACAUUGGAAUAUUCCUCGUUGUCUGAUGAGCAGAUCAGCGCCAGGCUUGAUUACAUUAAGGAAAAUCUAGACCUCCUGAAAGAAAUUACCUCGCCAAAUAUUAUUGAAUAUAUCUGAGCUGAUAGUGAUCUUGAGGCUUGCACUAUUAAUGUUGGAAUGGAAUUCGUCCCUGGUGGAUCCCUUCAGAAUAUUCUUAAAUAUUUUGGAACUUUUAAGGAAAAACUAGCGAAAAUUUAUAUCAUACAGAUACUGGAUGGCCUCUGUUCCCUUCAUAAUAAUGGAUUCCUGCAUGGAGAUCUUAAAUUGAGUAAUGUAUUAGUGGAUGAUGUGGGAAUUGUCAAACUGGCAGAUUUCGCAUUUUUAAAGCAAACCUUCUUGCUGGAGCAACCUGAUGAACCUCCAGAAGCUUUCCGAUCAAUAAUUACUCCACUUCUCAAUUCAGAAGGAAAUGUCACCCCAGAGAUGUGAAAGCAUGACUUUUACGAGCCAGAUCCGAGUUAUGAUAUUUGGUGAUUAGGCUUAGUACUCUAUGAGAUGCUUGCUGGAAGACCACUGUUCAGUAUUUUCGAAAACCGAGAAGAAAAGCUUCAUGAAUUUUUAAGGGAGCUUGAGGAACCUCCUUCUAUUGAUCUAAAAUGAUCAAAAAUAUGUCUUGACUUCAUCUACAGAUGAUUAUCUCCUGACCAGACUAAGAGGGCAACUGCUAGUGACCUAUUAAAGCAUCCUUUUCUAUCUAUCACGAAAGAAGAGAGAAGGGAAAGUCAAGAUACCUCAAAUUUUAUUUCUUUCUUUUCUAUUGUGGCCUCCCAAGCUAGUAAUAAUCCGGACCAACACAUGCCUAAUUUGGGUAUGUCUGUUGAUAGAUCUGCCAACAACUUGUACGAUUCAUCAAGCAAUCCGAUUAUUAAUAGAGCUAUGAGGAAACCAUUAAUAUCAGAGAAAUUGACUCGUGAGGGAUCAACGGGAAAUGGUCCACAACUCGACUUAAGAGUAUCCACAAGUGUUUAUAAUAAGUUGCAUAAUAAAGAAGGAAAGAAGAGCAUUCUAAGCACAGGAGGGAUUAAUUUCGAAGUUCUCUCUCAGAUGUCUGAAAAUUUCAACCUUGGAGAUUACACUAACAAUAGCAUCCAUGAGAGUAUGGAGAAUAUCCAGACUGGCAUUAACAAGAGAAAAUCAAGUAAAUUCCAGAGUGGCAAUAAACUGUUCUUGAUUCUUAGAAAGCUGAGAGAGGCUCCAAAUUAGCCAAAAAUAUUCGGUUUUACAGAAUUAAACACUGAAU